ACACAACCCGAUAUGCUGAGAGAAUGGAUUCCCCUUCAACACAACUAUCUCCGCUCGUUGUACAAGCACUACCAACCCCCUGCGCUCAACACAGAGGGUAGCUAUAUCUGCGCCGGGUGCAACAAUGGUGGCGGGGUAUGGAAGUGCAUGUCCUGCAUCGGCUAUCCAAUCUUCUGCCCGACGUGUUGUCUCGCCGAGCACCAGCGAACACCGUUCCACCGGGUGGAGCAGUGGAAUCUCGGGGGAUACUGGGAACCUGCAUGGCUCCGUCAAGUUGGAGUCUCAAUCAACCUCGGGCACCGAGGAGGGGAAUGUCCCGUGCCGGCGGUUGUCGCGGACGAUGACGAGGAAGGGGAAGCCGAUAGGACGACCGAUGCCACCGGCGACGACGAGGUUGAGGUACCGGGCGACCCUCUACGUUGCGCCGACUCGCCCCCAAGACCUCCACCAGCCAUGAUGACCAUUGUUGACACGACCGGGGUGCACUUUCUUCCGGUGACGUGGUGCGGAUGUCCGGGCGCCGGUGAUCAUACAUCGCAGCUGUUGGAUGCCGGCCUCUAUCCAGCGAGUCAGCGGAAGGCUCGCACGUGCUUCACAUUCAGCGUCCUUGACGCCUUCUUGCUGGAUAAUCUGGAGUGCAAGACCACGGCGAUGAAUUACUACCAGCGGAUUCGUCGGGCCACCAAUCCGGCCUUUCCGCAUGAAGUCCCGGACCGAUAUCUCGAGUUGCUCCGAGUGAGCCGCGAAUGGUCACUGCUUCAGGCGAAGAAACAGUUCGGAUUCGGGCCACAGUGGCGGGAGGCUCCAGGAAACGGAGAUCUCGCUCACUUUUGCCCGGCAUGUCCGCAGCCCGGAGUAAACAUCCCAAUGGACUGGGAAGUAGACGACCGGAAGUACCUAUACGCCCGAGGAUAUGUCAUGGAUGGCAACUUCCAUGCCGAGCAAAUGAAAAUGCGGCGGCCGGAAAACGAUGUGCCUUUGAUGCCGGGGAAAAUGUUCAUGGUUCAUCCCGGCCCAUACGAGGAGCACCUGAAAGUAGCGAAGGACGUGAAGAUGCACUCAAGCUGCAACGACCACAAGGCCGUCUCCCAGGCCAACGCCGACCGGCAUAAGCUCGCUGUCACCGGGAUCGGCGCAACAUCCUGUUUGAGGCACGGGUGCUUCGUUCCGCACUCCGUCGUAAACUAUCAGAAGGGUGAACGUCAGAUGAACAUGGACUACUCCCUGUCCAAUGCUCUCGGCUAUCGUUCAAGAGGGAUUGGCCACGUCUACUUAUCGUACGACAUAAUGUGCCAGUACCAUGUCCAUCUCAACGACCGGUUUGCCGACAAUCCUCACCUUCACUAUCCCGGAGGCUUGGUGUUAUACAAGUGCAUCGGGCUCUUUCACAUUCACGGACAUAAGGCCGAAUGCGAGCUCCGACACUCACUCACCUUCACCGAGGGUGCCGGGGAAGCCGACGGCGAGAUCAUCGAAACCCAAUGGUCAGGGAUCAAUCCCGUGUCAGGUAGCACCCGCACAAUGUCAACAUCCCACCGGCAAGAAACUCUCGACCGGCACAUGAACAACUGGAACUGGAAAAAAAUGAUCACAAUGGCGAAUCGCCCACUACUGGCGGAGAUGAAGGCCGACUUGACCGCGAAGGAGGCCAGUGUCGAUGCCGAAGUUUUGGGAGCUUGGAGGCGGGAACUGAGGAUAGUACAGCAAAAACGGCUUCGGGACGUCAAGGUAAUGGAUAGAUACCAGGCCAAGAAACAGAUUAUGCCUUCGCGACUGGAACUUCAAAUAAAGCUGGCGGAAGAAGAGGGUGACGGCGACGACCGCGUCGGGACAGCGGACUGGAUUGCAGACGGCCUCAAGCUAGAAGAACAACAACUCGCAAUCCAGAAGGACGUGAAGAAGAUGGGGGCCGCAGUCACAGGGCCGCAGGAAUUGAAAUUGGCGAAACGCAGGAAGCCACUUGAGAGUCAAAUCCGGCGAUUUCACCGUCGAGCAGCGUCCAUUCACCGGCGGCAUGAGUGGGGAAUGGCGGAGCAGGAAGUGGUGGAUGACGACUCGGCGGACGAAUGGGAGGAAGACGCCGCAGUCGCCAACAACCCAUGGCACAUCUUUCCACACACAAAACUGGGUUUGCCGUCCAACUUCUCGCGGAAUGCACUUGCUGCCAAUGGAUUACAACGAUUGGCGGCACAUGAGCUGACCCUUCGGCGUGGACAAGCCAAUGAUGCGUUGCAGCAGCUUAGGAUUCUCAUUGGCAAGAAGUCGUUUGAGUUCCGGACGACCAUUCGGCACGGGAGGAUUGAUGGCAACAAGAAGCGCACCCGGUCCUUCACAAAGCUGGGAAACCUCGACCGAGCUGUGCAGCUUCAAGCCGCCAUUUAUCGCCGGGCCCGGGCCGCCAUGCAAGUACUUGGGCUGUCCGAGGAAGAACAAGCAAAGUAUCAGCAGCUCACCGCCGAUGAUCUAAAGACGGUAACUGCGGUUGCUGAACCUAACAAGCGAGGACAAAGACACAAGUCUUCCUCGUGGAUAUGGAAUGUCAACGUCGGUGGCGACAUGCGCAGCAAUGACGAGUUGGGAAUUAUUCACCGAGUGCAGUGGUUCCACGCACGGUCAAAGGUAGACAGAUUGGAGGAGGAAGCUGCCAUAUUGCGUCGGGAGCUUGACUCCGUGUGCCGAUACUUUGCCUACGAAGCAUCCCGGUGGCGACAGCUAGCCACGAGAAACACGGAGGCCGAGUACCCCGGGUUCUCACAACACUGCCGGGCACAGGCUGCACUGUUUGAUCAGCUGCAUCAAGAUGCCAAAGUGGCAUGGCGGGAUUUAUACAUUGACCAGAAUGUCAUGACCUAG